UCUCUCUCUCUCUCUCUGCUCCUCUUUCAUCUUACCUCACAAUCUAGUAAUCUCCGUUAAUGGCGCCUCAGAUCUGUACUUGCGAUAUAUAAACUCCUUUUCAAACUCUCUCGAUUCUCUCCUCGUCAAGAUAUUCAACGCAAAAUGUAUAAGCGAGUGGCCUUGUCGUCGUUUCCAGAAGAAGUCCUGGAGCACGUCUUCUCCUUCAUAGACCUCGACAAGGACCGCAACUCGGUCUCCCUCGUGUGCAAGUCGUGGUACGAGAUCGAGCGGUGGUGCAGGAGGAGAGUCUUCGUAGGGAACUGCUACGCGGUGAGCCCCGCGGCGGUUGUAACUCGGUUCCCGAGAGCGAGAUCGGUGGAGAUCAAGGGGAAACCGCACUUCGCGGACUUCAACCUGGUGCCGGAGGGGUGGGGAGGGUGCGUGUACCCGUGGAUAGAGGCGAUGUCGGAGUCUUACACGUGGCUGGAGGAGAUAAGGCUGAAGAGGAUGGUGGUGAGCGACGAGUGCUUGGAGCUCAUCGCGAAGUCGUUUAAGGAUUUCAAGGUUCUUGUUCUCUCUUCCUGCGACGGCUUCUCCACCGAUGGCCUCGCUGCUAUCGCUUCCACUUGCAGGAAUCUGAAAGAGCUUGAUUUGCGUGAGAGUGAUGUAGACGAUGUUAGCGGACACUGGCUUAGCCAUUUCCCUGACACAUACACCUCUUUGGUCUCACUCAAUAUCUCUUGUCUAGUCUCUGAGGUCAGUUUCUCGGCUCUGGAACGGCUGGUAUGCAGGUCACCCAACCUCAAGUCUCUCAAGCUUAACCGAGCUGUUCCUCUUGAGAAGUUGGCGACUUUGCUUCAAAGAGCGCCUCAGCUGGAGGAAUUUGGCACCGGUGUGUACAGUGCUGAAGUGCGUCCUGAUGUGCUCUCUGCUUUAUCUGCAGCCAUCGCUGGUUGCAAGAAUUUGAAGUGGUUAUCUGGGUUUUGGGAUGCUCUUCCUGCCUACCUUCCUGCUGUUUAUUCUGUUUGCAGUGGUCUUACGACUUUGAACCUGAGUUAUGCAACUGUUCAGAGCUAUGAUCUUGUCAAGCUUCUUAGUCAAUGUCCUAAAUUGCAGCGCCUCUGGGUGCUGGACUACAUCGAGGAUGCUGGUCUUGAAAUGCUUGCUCUAACCUGCAAGGACCUUCGAGAGCUGCGAGUGUUUCCGUCUGAGCCUUUUGUGAUGGAGCCAAACGUUGAAUUGACAGAACAAGGGCUUGUCUCCGUCUCCGCUGGCUGUCCAAAACUGGAGUCGGUUCUCUACUUCUGCCGUCAAAUGACCAAUGCUGCGCUCGUAACCAUUGCUAGGAACCGUCCCAACAUGACCCGCUUCCGUUUGUGCAUCAUUGAGCCGAAAGCCCCUGACCAUCUGACUCUAGAGCCACUUGAUGUGGGGUUUGGUGCAAUAGUAGAGCACUGCAAAGAUCUCCGGCGGCUCUCCCUGUCGGGGCUGUUGACCGACAAGGUCUUCGAAUACAUUGGCACGUAUGCAAAGAAGAUGGAAAUGCUCUCGGUAGCGUUUGCAGGAGACAGUGACUUGGGGAUGCAUCAUGUUUUAUCAGGGUGCGAUAGCUUGAGGAAGCUAGAGAUAAGGGACUGCCCCUUUGGAGACAAGGCGCUUUUGGCAAAUGCUUCGAAGCUGGAGACAAUGCGAUCUCUUUGGAUGUCUUCCUGUUCCGUGAGUUUUGGAGCCUGCAAGUUGUUAGGACAGAAGAUGCCAAAGCUCAAUGUGGAAGUGAUCGAUGAACGGGGUCCGCCUGACUCGAGGCCCGAGAGCUGCCCUGUUGAAAGAGUGUUCAUAUACCGAACAGUGGCUGGUCCUCGGUUUGACAUGCCUGGUUUCGUCUGGAACAUGGACCAACAACACUCAACCACGAGGUUUUCUAGGCAAAUCAUCACUACUAACGGGUUAUAGAACAACUAAAUUAAACAAGGUACAUUCUUUCAUUAAAUCCUUGCUCGUCAUCUCCCAUAUAAAUUGUUCCAGUUUUGUAACACUAGAGAGAGAGAGAGAGAGAGAGAGAGAGAGCUCGGCCUGCACAAGUUUAAUUAUGGGAUGCUUCAAAUAACCAGCCAAGCUCAGGAUCACUGAAUAAGUGAGGAGAGCGAGAUAGAUCUGCAAGACGUUUGUAUUUUUAGAUUGUUGUCUGUAUGUUUGUUUACUUAGUGAGAGAUCCUGGUGGCGUAUUAUUUUCGUCAAGAAGAUGAUAAGAGAUAUUUAAAAGACGAAUGUAAAAAAUAUUGUUGUUCAACUUGUUUGAAUCUUUAUUCUUUUUAAUCA